UGCCACAACUAAAUUCGUCCCCUCUCCCAUAUGCCUACGCUGGUUCCGUCUUCGCUCCUCGCUGCCACUUUCUGCUAGCACGAUGAGCGGUUCAAACGCGAAAGGGAGCUUUCCAUCCCAGGUGUCUGAGUGGAUCAGCUCGACGUAUCGCUUUGCGACAGACAGAAACGACUUUAGGAGGAAUCUUCUGGUUAACCUGGGUUUGUUUGCCGCCGGAGUCUGGGUGGCUAGAAAUCUCUCAGAUUUCGACUUGAUGUCUCCUCAGCCGGUGACUUAACCUGCUGAUCUUGACCAAAAACAGGAUGAUUGAAUCUUGGACCAACAAAGAAGAAGUGAGGGACAUGAUGAAAUACUUGGAAAACAAAGUGUUUUUGUUUACAUGACAUUUUUUUCCCCCUCCUAUG